AUGCUGCUUUUUAUUUUUACGAUCUACAAGAUCGAUGAAGACUUUGAAGUUGGAAAGAACUAUACCAUAGGUAUUUCAAACCCAUUAGAGAAGUACAAUAUUUCUUUUAAUGCCGAAAAUGAAGAAAAUAUGAAAAUUAUUGAUUUAUCAAUUACAUCUCCAGAUUUAUUUCGCGAGAUUAGGAUUGGCGAUAAAGUAAUUUUUAAGAAUUGCUCAAUUCCAAUUAGAUCAAUCUCGGAACUUUCGUUGCGAAAUAUCAAAAUUCCAAUAAUGAUAUUUCCUACUUCACUCACGACGCUUAGCUCAUACUUUGCAGCAGAUUCCUUUAUUGAUAACAUUGAUUUGUCAAAAACAAAUGUAGAUAUAAUUCCGAAUUACGCUUUUGCUGAUACGAAAUAUACAAAAGAAAUAGGAUUACCGAAGAUCUCAAAGUUAAUCUCGGAGUUCGCCUUUCUAAAUUGUGUUAAAUUGUCAAAAAUUUCGAUUCCUCAUGAUUGUGAUAUAGAUAGUGCUAAUUCUGGUUUUUAUAAUUGUUCAGAACUCAAAACAGCCGAUUUAUCGCAUGCAAAAAUUUCAAAAAUUCCAAGAUUUUUAUUUGCAAAUUGUUUUUCACUCGAAAAUGUAAUACUCCCUGAAGUACAGCAGGUAAGUGAAUUCGCUUUCCUAAAUACAAAAGUUUCCGCGGAGCCAUUACAAAGAAUCAAAAAUUUUGAUGAUUAUGCCUUCGCCGGAAUUCUUAGUCACUUCGAAAUUACUCUUCGCCUUCAAAGGAUCCCAAAAGGAUUACUUAUGGACUGUGAAAAUCUCCAAAAAGUUUCUUUUUCGAAAUCUGUCGAAGUGAUCGAAGAUUUUGCAUUUAAGAACUGCAUCUCACUCAGAAUUAUUGAAGUACCAGAAAACUCAGAGUUACAAUCGAUUGGAAUUGAGUCAUUUCAAAAUACAAAAGCUCUUGAAGAAGUUUCAUUAUUGAACAUGAAAGUUAAUAUGAUAUACGACAAGGCUUUUAUGGGUAGUGGUAUUAAGUCAUUUACUCCUUCUAAUUUUCUGAAUGAAAUUUCUGAUUAUGCGUUUUCAAAUUCAUCUAUUGAAAUAUUCAUCGGAAAACCAGAACUCACUCGAUUGCAUCCAGGAUGUUUUAUGGGAUCAUCAUUAUCUGCUGUAGAUUUGAGAUCAUCAAAAAAGAUUUUACAAUUACCGGCCAUGGCGUUCAAAGAUUGCCUUUCCCUUGAACUAGUUUAUCUUCCUGCUAACGAUUUGAUCUUAGGAGCAUCCAUUUUUGAAAAUUGUAUUUCCUUAGCUUCAAUGGUCUUCGCGAAGUCUGUUUCCUUCGAAUCCAAGACAUUUUACAACUGUACAAACCUUCAGUUCGUUCUAUUUUCCGAAAUAAAAGGAAUGACGUCUCGAUUUGGUUAUCAUUUCGCUUAUUGCUCCAAAAUACGGAUAAUUGGAGGCGUUAACUCAGAAGUAAGUCCUAGUGAGCCAAUGAUUAACUUCACAGCGAUCAAUUUCCAUGUAAUUAAAGAUUAUUCUUUUAUGAACUGCACAACAAUCAAAACUGUUAUUCUAGGACCUCAAAGGGAGCUUGGAGAUUACCUGUUUUGGGGCUGUUCAAGCCUAAAUUCCGUUGAUCUUUCUAAAACAGCAAUUCAAAGAAUUUCUACAGGAAUGUUCCUAGGUUGCACCAACCUGAAAUUCUUGUAUUUGCCUCCUGGCUUCCAAUCCUUCGCUCAAUUUUCACUUCAUGGAGUUGAUAAAAUUUUAUUUUGGUAUUGCGGCCGAAAUGACCUUACUUUCGAGUACAACGCGUUGGAUGGUCUCACAGAAUACGAGUUUUUCGCAAGCAACAAUGUAAAACUCAACGUUUCAACACCAAAUAAAAUUGAACGCUGCUGGGAUCAACAAACACCAUCUUAUAACAACCCAACGCGAUCUCCUAAAAUUAUAACAGAUAAUGGUAGGUCAAAUCCUCCAGAAGUUCAUAAAUAUACACCAAGACAAACAGAAAAAGUAACUCCGAACAAUUAUUCGGCCAGUAUUCCACGGGUGAAGUCUGGAUUCGGACCAAGUUUGUAUCAAGGAAGAAAGAAACCAGUAGUUGUCACAAAAAUCACUAUAAUUAUUAUUUCUUUAUUUUUUGUUUGCGCUUUCUUGCCUUCUAUUUGCAUUGCUAUUAGAAUAUGCAAGAAUAGAAGGAUUGAGCAUAUCAAAGACCAAAAUGAUGAGAAAUCUCUUGUUAAUAAUUCAUAUUUCGAUUACAAAGCAGAAAUUGAUUAA